UCUAAAAUUUUCUUUCGAGAAUUUUCCGUGAGUAGAAGAAAUGGGACUUCUUAGUAUCAUUCGAAAGAUCAAGAGAAAAGAGAAAGAAAUGCGAAUUCUUAUGGUUGGGCUUGAUAAUUCAGGGAAAACCACAAUUGUUUUGAAGAUUAAUGGAGAAGACACAAGUGUCAUUAGUCCCACUCUUGGUUUUAACAUCAAAACAAUCAGCUACCAAAAAUAUACUCUGAAUAUAUGGGAUGUAGGAGGUCAAAGAACUAUAAGAUCAUAUUGGAGGAACUAUUUUGAACAAACUGAUGGUCUGGUAUGGGUUGUUGAUAGCUCAGAUCUUAGAAGAUUAGAUGAUUGCAAAAUGGAACUUGAUAAUCUUCUAAAGGAAGAGAGGUUAUCAGGGGCAUCCUUAUUGAUACUAGCUAACAAACAAGACAUUAAAGGUGCUCUUACACCAACUGAAAUUGCGAAAGUGCUGAACUUGGAAGCUAUGGACAAAUCAAGGCAUUGGAAAAUUGUAGGCUGUAGCGCAUACACUGGUGAAGGACUUCUUGAGGGAUUCGAUUGGUUGGUUCAAGAUGUGGCCUCCAGGAUCUACAUGCUUGAUUAGCUUUAAUCUGUUUGAUUUGGGAGCUCAGAUUUAGGACCAAGGUAAUAGGAUUCCAAAUCCACAUGCCUUGUCUUGGUUGGCUGCUGAAACAUAAUGAUGAAGUUUUGAAUUUCUGUCAAUGGUUUAAAAUUU